AUGGCCACCAGCCGCGAAAAGCGCUCGACAAUGAGGAGUUUGAGCAGGAGAGAGAAGAAAUUCCGAAAGGCAUUCGACAAACGUGGUGCCUACUUCGGUACCCGGAUCAACGACCUGACGACGAACCUCAACGCCACUGCGCAACAUAUCAGGCGUCUCGACACCGCCCUCGCGACUCAACAACUCGUCAGCCUUCUAGUCUCCGUUGCCCCCUCUCUCGGCGAGAUCGCGGACGACGGCACACGGGCCGAGACCGAGGGGGACGAGCGGAAAGAAGAACUGUCCGAUAAACAGCAGCUCCGAUUGUGCCAUCGAGCAUACGUAUCGUUGGUGGUGCUGAAAGAGGAGCAGAAGCGGGACGCCAAGCAGCUGGAGCUCACGCAGGAGGCGAAGAAGGUGCUGUCGGACUGCGAGCAUCCGACGGAGGCCGAGGUGAUGGAAGCCGAUGCCAAGCGGUUCGAGCUGCUGAACGAGGCUUCCCUUGUCCGACGCGACGCUUCGCUCCUCCGGAUCGCGGAGAAGGUGCUAUGCACCGACAAGCCGGCGAUCGCGGCAUCGACGGGCCUGAGCCGCGCCUUUACCGUCAAGGAUGCCUGCGACUACAUCAACCGACCUCUGUUCGGCGCCCACGAAGCUGGGGAUCUGUCCACACUCCAUUCGUACCAGGGGGCCCGAGCUCGGUGUCCACGACCCACGCGUGGCUGA